AGUUCCUGCUGGCGUGCGGCUCCAGCGGGCACCUGCUGCUGCUGGUGGAGAUGCGCCUGAAGGGCCGGAGCUGCGCGGUGGAGCCGCUGUGCUUGGGCUGCUCGCUGUGGUUUGUCACGGAGCUGUGCGAGGGCGGCACUGUGAACGAGUUCCUGCUGGCACGCGGCUCCAGCGGGCACCUGCUGCUGGGGAGAUGCACCUGAAGGGCCGGAGCUGCGUGGUGGAGCCUCCACGCUCGGGCUGCUCGCUGUGGUUCGUGACGGAGCUGUGUGAGGGUGGCACCAUGAAUGAGUUCCUGCUGGCACGUGGCUCCAGCGGGCACCUGCUGCUGGUGGAGAUGUGCCUGAAGGACCGGAGCUGCGCGGUGGAGCUGCCGCCCUGGGGCUGCUCGCUGUGGUUCGUCACGGAGCUGUGCGAGGGCAGCACUGUGAACGAGCUCCUGCUGGCACGCAGCCCCGACGCGCGCCUCAAUGGCCGCUUCGUGCGGCAGCUCAGCAGCACCGCGGCCUUCCUGCACCGCCGGCGCAUCGUGCACCGCGACCUCAGCGCCGACAGCGUCCUGGUGGCUCACGGUCCUGCCGGGCCCCUGGUCGAGGGCUGCAAUCCCACCAGGACCUGGAAUUUGGAAUUCUCCACCCGAAAAUCCGGAGAUUUUUUUUUGGACCAGGAAUGUUCCGGAAGGUUCCGCCCAUUUUUCCAGGAGGUGGAAAAAUCCCGCUCUGACAAAUCCAGGCUUGACAAGAUCUGGGGCACCAGAUUUCCUUGGAUCAUCCCAACUUCAUCCCUGGAUAUUUUGGUUUCUCUUGAUGCCCCUGACAGGACCAGGAACGUUCCGGAAGGACCAGGAAUGUUCCGGAAGGUUCCACCCAUUUUUCCAGAAGGUGGAAAAAUCCCCCUUCCUCAUGGAAUUCCUCCUCCUCCUCCUCCUCCCGGUUUUUCCGGCGUGUCCGAGCCCUUGCUGCCGUCCAAGCUUCCUGACAGAGCCAUUAAUCUCAGAAACGUCGCCGUCCCCGCCGGGUUUCCGCCCCGAUUUUGA